UUGGGAGCCGCCGCAGGUCCACCUCUAUUGUUGUCCCUUAUUCUGCACUUGUGCGGCGCGCGUCUCGCAACGUGAGCGUCCUUUUGCAUAACACGCAUUAAUUCCCGGCACGAAGAAUUGCGCAAUGAAUCAGUCCGCCGGCCUGCUAAUUACUUCACUCCUCGCAAUAUCAGUGCUGGCCGCGUACGACAAGCACCCGUGCCUGAGGUCAUGCGACCCAUCAACUCUUCCCAUGACCUGCCACUACGACUUCCAAGUAGAGUUGUACCAAACACUUAGCAAAGCGUGUUUUGCCUGCGCCUUCGGAAACGCGUCCGACUGUUUUCGGGACGAUUGUAUUUUCGGCGACGGAAUUUCCCGGCCCGUGGUCGUCGUCAACAGGAAACUGCCGGGCCCAGAAAUUAGAGUUUGUUUGGGCGACCGAAUAAUAGUGGACGUGCACAACUCGUUGGUGAGCGAAACGACGUCGCUGCAUUGGCACGGCCACCACCAAAGAGGGUCGCCGCACAUGGACGGCGUGCCGCUGGUCACACAAUGCCCCAUCAGCCCUGCCUCAACCUUCAGGUACAACUUUGUCGCCGACUCGCCUGGAACUCAUUUUUGGCACUCGCACUCAGGAGUGCAAAGAGGUGACGGCGUCUUUGGCGCGCUAAUUAUCCAAGAUCCAAAAGACGCGCACUCCAACCUGUACGACUUUGACCUGCCAGAGCACACAAUCGUAUUGAAUGACUGGUACCACGAAGCUACCGUCGGCAAAUUCGUCGCCCACCACUUUGGAAACGGAGACAACAAGCCACCUAGCAUAUUGGUCAACGGAAAGGGCAGGUUGUGGAUGAGCAACGACUCCGCUCCACAAAUGCCUUUGCAAAAUUUUCAAGUGACAAAGGGCAAAAAAUAUAGGUUCCGGCUUAUCAAUUCCGGGUUCAAUAAUUGUCCGAUGGAGCUUUCUGUGGACAACCACACUCUUGCAAUAAUAGCCUCAGACGGCUUCAGUCUCCAACCUACUUCAGUUGAUUCAUUGGUUUCCUAUGCUGGAGAGCGUUUUGACUUUGUGCUGGAAGCGAAUCAGACGGUCGGACGGUUCUGGAUGAGAAUCCGAGGUCUGAUGGAUUGUGAUGAGCGCUUCCAGUCUGUGCAUCAAGUUGCAAUCAUUUCAUAUCAGGGCUCUGACCUAACGAAGGAGCCAAAGUCUCCAGUGGGGUACAGAGAGGCCAAUCGGAGGGGAAAGCAACUGAAUUCAAUGAACGUGGACUCUUUCAACGGAGACGAGAGCACAGCAACCAUAGCAGAAGUUUUAUCCCUUGAGCCGGGCGAUGUCGACGUUUUGACAGCAAAGGCCGACCACACCGUUUACAUUGGCUACGACUUUUAUGCAAAAGACAACCCCCUUUUUCAUCCAGCCGGAAAAUACGGAUUUGAUGAAGUUUUCAGAAAAAGUGAAAGACUAACGACUCCCCAACUAAACCACAUAACUUUAAAGCUGCCGCCAACGCCUCUGAUUUUGCAAACCGGAGACGCGCUGAAUAAAAUUGCUUGCAAUGACUCUUCCCUAGCAAUGCAAGGGAAGGAUUGCAAGAAAAAGGACUUUUGCAAGUGCUUCCACAGAAUCAAAGCCCGCGUUAAUGAUAUCGUGGAUUUUGUCAUUUUCGACGAAGGUGAAAGAUUUGACGCCAACCAUCCGUUCCACUUGCACGGUCACGCAUUUCACGUCAUGGCAAUUAAACGUCUUGGAAAUGCCACUUCAUUAACAGAAGUGAGGAAUAUUAUUGAACAAGGCCAAGUGAACAGGAAAAACCUUCACGCGCCUCUGAAAGAUACGGUGACAGUACCUGACGGAGGAUUCUCACUAUUGAGAGUAAAAGCUUCAAAUCCUGGUGUUUGGAUGUUCCACUGUCACAUUGGGUUUCACGUUGAGAUUGGAAUGGCUUUUGUUUUCCAAGUGGGAGAGCCAGAGGAAUUUGCGCCCAAGCCAAAAGGAUUUCCGCAAUGCGGAGACUGGAAGCCCAGUUCAGACGGAACGGUCGACUCAGAUGAGAAAAGGAUUGUGCUCAUCAAUGGUGUCAAGGACACUGAUAAAAUUUCCUAUCAAAUUUUACACAACAUCACGGUGAAUUUAAAUCACCAGCCGCCACCACCAGCAGAUCACGGAAUUAUCUACUCCUGGCCUAAUUGGUUGAGGGGGAAAAACUCGGCUCCCAGGGACAGGCUUAAUUUGGGUCAUUUGAUAGUUAUUUUCUUUAUUACUCUCACUUUUUAAGUUUAAUAUUGUAGCUUUAUGGUUUUUGUUUUUCAACUUAAUAAAUAAGUGAGGAUUUGGA